AUGAGCAACAAGAAAGUAGCAAUAGUAGUAGGAGCCUCGCGAGGCAUUGGCCGCCAAGUCGCCAUCGACCUAGCAAAGAACGGCUACGCAGUCGUCGUAGCAGCCAAAACCACCUCGGACGCCAGCAAAUGCGACCCCUUCCCACCCGACCCCAACUCCUUCGCCUCGACCAUCAACACGGUCGCGCGCGAAAUCACCGAAGCCGGCGGGACCGCCACCGCGCUGCAAGUCGACGUGCGCUCGCCGUCCAACAUCGCCGACAUGGUCGCCCAAACCGUGCACCUCUACGCCCGCAUCGACGUCGUCGUGUACAACUCCGGCGCGAUCUGGUGGUCCUCCGUAGCUAAGACGCCGUUCAAACGCUUCGAGCUGAUGCAGAAGAUAAAUCCGCAGGGGCUGUAUGCGGUUGUGGAGGGGGUUUUGCCGGUGAUGUAUAAGAACGGUGGGGAUGGUGGUGGUGGGAAGGGGGAGGGAAGGAUUAUAGUGAUCAGCCCGCCGAUUUAUUCGAGGUUUUUUAAGGGGAAGACGGCGUAUGCGAUGGGGAAGGUGGGGAUGAGUGUGUUGACUAUGGGGCUUGCGGUGGAUUUUGAGAGGGAGGGGAGAGUGGGCAUGGGGGUUACGAGUCUUUGGCCGGCGGUGGCAAUCGACUCCGCCGCGACCCAAACCCCCAAAUCUUACCCACCCCAAGACGGCCGCGCGAACCUCCGCAAACCCGAGAUUUUCUCCGACGCCAUCCUAUCCAUCAUCAAAGCCCCUUCCAAGGACGUCUCCGGGAAAUGUUUCCUGGACGAGGAUUAUUUGAGGGAACAUGAUGGCGUGCAGGAUUUCGGCAAGUAUGCGCUGGUGCCCGGGACGAAUCCAAGGAGGAUUAUGCCGUUGAAGAUGCCGGAUUUGACGGUCGAGGAGCAGGAUGAUGAGGGGGUGAGGGUGGAUAGUGCGAUGCUUAGGGGUAAUAGGGAUAGUAAGCUUUGA